AUGAUAGACCCCGAUAAAUUCAUUAGUACUGAAGCACGUAAUUUAUACAAUGUUAUAGAGAUUUUUGAAAAAAAAAUUAAAAAUUUAUCUCUUGUAAAUGAAGAGGUUUUGGAAAAAAUAAAUGAAGCCGAUUUGGGGACAACAUCUGAAGAAUUUUUGGGCUACUUUAAAAAUAUCAUACAACUAAAUAAAUUAUAUGAACACACAGAUUUAUCAAAAAAUAAUGAGAAGGUUGAAAAUGAAAAUGAUAAAAUGAAUGACAUCAACAGUAGUGACUAUGAAGAUAUUUCUAAUUAUAAAGAAAAUAGAGAGUUGAUUGAAAAAAUAAAAAAAUAUUCAUCUACCUUAUGUAAAAUAUUUAAAGAAAAUAAUAACUUAGUAAAAGCUUUGAAACCAUUAAAUGAUGCAGAGAAUCAUGAUUUUUUUAAAUUUCUCCACAUUAUCAAAGAUUUAAAGGGCACAUUUUUGCUAAAGUUCCAAACAACUGCUAAAGAAAAAUAUGAUAGAUUAAAAGUUUUAGAGGAAUUACAAAAAGAAGAGGAUAAUAUACGAGAUGAAGAAAAACGAUUAAACCAUGAAUUAGAAACAAUUAGAAAUCAAAGUUAUAAUGAUGUAAAAAAUUUAGAAUCAAUUUUAAUAAAUAAAGAAAAUGAAAUAAAAAAAUUAAAAGAAAUAUCGGAAGACAAAAUAAAAGACCUAUUAAAUAGUUUACCUAUAAAUAGUAUAUCAGAAGAAUUAGAAACAAUUAAUACUAUAUUUGAAAAAACAAAAAAUUUAUAUGAAAAUCAAAUUAAAACAUAUCAAGAUUUAGAAGUUAGUUUGGUUAAAAAAAAUAAUUUAUUAGAAUUGGAUAUACAAAAUUAUAUUGAUUCAUUAGACUCUGAAAUUAGGGAAAUAGAUACAGAGAUUGGAUAUUAUCAUACUGAGCUACAAAAGAAUAAAGUUCAGGAAGACGAUUUAGAUGGUAUUAUAAAAAGGAAAGAAUUGGAAGAAGGUGAAAGGAAAUAUUUAAAAGAUUUAGCAGAAAAAAGAAAUACAAUAAUAAAAAAAAAAGAAGAUAAAGAUAAUUAUGCAGCAAUUAUUAUUCAGUCUUAUAUUAGAGCUGUAAAGGAAAGAAAUUUAUUUGGGAAAUAUGAAAAAAAAAAAAAAAAAAAAAAAAUUAAAAAAAAAAAAAGUAAAAUAUCAGUUGUAAAUAAAUAUAAGAAAUACAUAAUUAUAUUAACCAAUGUUGUAUGUUUUUCUCAUUAA